UGUCUAGAGAGAGCCCAGCGUCAGUACCAUGAGAGUCUGGCUUGCGAGCCUGUUCCUCUGCGCCUUGGUGGCGCACUCUGAAGGUGGCAGUGAACUUGGAGCUUCUGAUGAAUCAAACUGUGGCUGUCAGAACGGAGGAGUAUGUGUGUCCUACAAGUACUUCUCCAGCAUUCGAAGAUGCAGCUGCCCAAAGAAAUUCAAAGGGGAGCACUGUGAGAUAGAUACAUCGAAAACCUGCUAUCAUGGAAAUGGUCAAUCUUACCGAGGAAAGGCCAACACUGACACCAAAGGCCGGCCCUGCCUGGCCUGGAAUUCACCCGCUGUCCUUCAGCAAACCUACAAUGCUCACAGAUCCGAUGCUCUCAGCCUAGGCCUGGGGAAACACAAUUACUGCAGGAACCCCGACAACCAGAGGCGACCCUGGUGCUAUGUGCAAAUUGGCCUAAAGCAGUUUGUCCAAGAAUGCAUGGUGCAGGACUGCUCUCUCAGCAAAAAGCCUUCUUCUACUGUAGACCAACAAGGGUUCCAGUGUGGCCAGAAGGCUCUCAGGCCCCGCUUCAAGAUCGUUGGGGGAGAAUUCACUGUCGUUGAGAACCAGCCCUGGUUUGCGGCCAUCUACCUGAAGAACAAGGGAGGAAGCCCUCCCUCCUUUAAAUGUGGUGGGAGCCUCAUCAGCCCUUGCUGGGUGGCCAGCGCCACACACUGCUUCGUGAAUCAGCCAAAGAAGGAAGAGUACGUUGUCUACCUGGGUCAGUCGAAGCGGAACUCCUAUAACCCCGGAGAGAUGAAGUUUGAGGUGGAGCAGCUCAUCUUGCACGAAGACUUCAGCGACGAAACUCUGGCCUUCCAUAAUGACAUAGCCUUGCUGAAGAUACGUACCAGCACGGGCCAAUGCGCACAGCCAUCCAGGACCAUACAGACCAUCUGCCUGCCCCCGAGGUUUGGUGAUGCUCCGUUUGGUUCAGACUGCGAGAUCACUGGCUUCGGACAAGAGAGUGCCACUGACUAUUUCUAUCCGAAGGACCUGAAAAUGUCCGUUGUAAAGAUUAUUUCUCACGAACAGUGCAAGCAGCCCCACUACUAUGGCUCUGAAAUUAAUUAUAAAAUGCUGUGUGCUGCUGACCCAGAGUGGAAAACAGAUUCCUGCUCGGGAGAUUCAGGAGGACCUCUUAUCUGUAACAUUGAUGGCCGCCCAACUCUGAGCGGGAUUGUGAGCUGGGGCAGUGGAUGUGCAGAGAAAUACAAGCCUGGUGUCUACACGAGGGUCUCAUACUUCCUGAACUGGAUUCAGUCCCACAUUGGGGAAGAGAAUGGCCUAACCUUCUGAUGGUCCCCAGGCAGCUGAGGGAAGAAACGGAUGGGUCGCCACUCAUCCCCAUGCUGACCGUCCUCUCUGCAGCAGGGUCAUCUCCAUCAUACGGAGGGAAGAGCUGAGGAAAACAGGCUCUGCACUGAUUCUUUGCUUGUGCUGUCCACCAGGGUGAACCCCAAUAGUAUUACCCUCAGAUACGGGCCUGGGUGCUGGCCAUCCAGACCGUCCUGAC